GACAGCCAUGGCCAAGGCCAUUGAUGAAAUGUCAACUUAUCUGACUCCUAAGAUCAUCACAGGUGAAGGUAAUGACGUGUUUCAUGUAGAAUGGGAUAACCUAAACAAAAUUACCACCAAUGUCCAUGGACCCAACAUUGUGAAUAGUACAGCUGGCAUCAUGAUUCAAGAGGUGAAACCUGGUUUCAAGACGACACAGGAGAGGAUGCUGCCUCUUAAAGCCAAAGAAAAUAAUCGGUCACUCAAGGUUGAUACUCAAAACACCCUGCCUCCUCUACAUAUUUACAAUCGAGUUGGUCCAAAAUUUCCAGAUGGCACUGUGUUGAUACCUCCAGUGGAGAAUGACACAGUGUACAAGGAAUGUUUGAUGGAAUAUCGUGUGUGGAUCUUAUUGCGGAUGAUGGGAAGCAGUGGAAAUCAGCCAGUUCCUGCAUUUGGUGGAUUCAUCUCAGCAACAGGAACCAAGCCUGCCAGGAAGUCUUCUAUAGAUUAUUUCACUCCAAUCAACCAGCCAUCCACAGAGUACUCUGUUAUCCAGGAACUGUUGAGGCAAUCUGAAGAAGCCACGGCUGAGGUUGGACAGAAAUACGUCCUCAGCACAUUUGACCUCGGUGGGUGCAUGAAGGCGCUUCCCCUCAUAUGGAAAUUUCCAGAGAGAUACAAGUUGCAUGUUAUCACUCCAAGUGCAUUCCACACUGGAAUGAAUUACAUGGGCAUGGUAACCGGACACAAGUUCCGUGGGUCAGGCUAUGCUGAGGUCAUCCUCAAGGCUGGCCUGAUCACCAGUGGCUGCUUGAACAGUGUUCUCAGUGGGAAGGCUUAUGCAAAAGCACUGUUCUGCCUGAAGACCGUCUGUGAGGCGAUGGAACGGCUGCUUAUGGAAAGGUUUGUGGAGGAGGAAAAUAUCCAGGUAGAAAAUACAAUGUCCCUUCUGAACCUGGUGAAGUCCUGCAACCGAGAGCAUCUUAACCUUGCCAUGCAGGACACCUCUACCGUCACCAUCAUCAACAAGUAUAUUGAGUUUGAGGACAAAGUGGGUGCCAAUCAUCUGGGCAAGACUGGAAACUUCUGGUUUGGCUUCAUCAAACACGUCCGCCUCAUCCUCAUGCUAAUCUACUCUGUCAAGACCAACAACCUCAAGCUCUUUCACAAGUGCAAUGGGGACAUGGCUAAUCUGUUCUUCGCGUUUGAUGGGCAGAACUACUCCAGGUAUUUGGUCUGGUUAGAGGUGUUCCUCACCAACCUCGAGCUGUCUCACCCUGGUGCAAAGGACCUUCUUGAGAGGGGUGGCAUCUCAGUAGCACGCUCACUCAUUCCUGGUGCACUUAGUGCAGUGGACAAGACCAUGGAGGAAACGUUCAUGAAGUUUGCUAAGUCAACAGGUGGUCUAGGGGGACUGUUCUCCAUGUUUGGUGCCUAUCAACACUGGUGCCGCACCACAUCUGCUCGCACCCAGUAUUUUGAGAGGCUGCUUGAGAUGUGUGGACUCAUUGAUGACACAGAUUGUCCUACUAAGGCAAGAAAGCAUCGUGAACUUGAGGCAGCUGAGAUAAAGAAAAGUGAGGAGGCAGUCCAGAGAACACUCAGUGCUAUCCGAAACUUCAUUGACCCCUUCACUGUUAGUGAUAAAGAUCACCUCUACAACAUAGCAUCUGGUGCUCCUGUUCCUCUUGAGGUCGAGAUAGAUAUGAUGCGAGCUGACACAGUUGGCAUGGAAGCAAAGGAGGCAUUCAUCAAGGAUCGUUUCCAAAAUGGUAAUCCUGAAGAGACCUUCUUUGAACCCAUCAAGAGACAGAAGCUGAAAACGAUGGAGGCUUCCAACAAGACGAUUAAACUAACCACCUCACAGGGAAAGCUCAUCCAGUACAGUGAACAGAGCAACUUGGCCUUCAUGCUUCUUGUGAAGUCACAGCUCCUUAAGGAACCUCUCAACAUUGAUGAACUGAUGCGAUACUCCCUCACUCCUGUCCCUCCCAGCCUUGGCACUGCUGAUGGAUUUUUUGCCAAAUCAAAUAAGGCCUCUAUGUUGCACUUUUUGCUGGAAGACUCACCUGAGGAAGUUCCCUACCCAAAAGAUGCGUUUUACAUACAAGAUGGCAUGGCAUUAUUCCACACACUUGUUAAUCUGCCAGAAACGUGGUGAAAUUUGCCUCCAGGUGCUGGACCAGAUGGUUGCCAAAAAAAAUUUUGUGUUCUCAACUGACUGCUAUCAUGCAGGGUCUGUCAAAGCACAGAAGAGAUUGCGGCGUGGCUCAUCUCAAAAACACAUCAUAGGUGGCCCAUCCACUAGGAAGCUUGUUGACUUCAAACAGUUCCUAACCAAUGAUGACAACAAGCAGCAACUCUGCCAGCUACUUCUCCAGGUGUGGGUGAGCAAAGCUGCAGUGACACGACUCGAGAAGUGUGGCAUGGCGAUUGCCAUUGUGGAAGGAAAAGUACAACAUCUGGAAACAUCUCAUGGCGAAGUGAGGAUGCAUGAGAUCAGUGAGUUGUCGUCAGACCAGGAGGAGACAGAUACCCAGGUGGUUCUAUACCUACACUAUGCAGCCUCUCAAGGAUACAAGUCAGCCGUUGUGAGGACUCCUGACAGUGACAUAUUUUUUAUUUUGCUCCACCACUCACACUCCAUUGGUCUCACCAUCUUCCUGGACAUCGGAGUGGGCAAGCACCGCCAGCUUGUCAAUGUUACUGAGCUUGCCAAGUCACUUGAGCCUGAGUACUGCACAACACUUUUAGGGUUCUACGUGUUCACAGGUGAGGACUGCACUAGUGCCUUCAAGGGUAAGGGCAAAGUGGCCCCCCUAAAGAAGCUGCAGAUGAAUCCAAAGUUUCACAAGGCUUUUAGGUAAGUAAUCCAUGUUGCCUUAUGCAAAAACUUAAAUGCAAGCUGUCUACAAUUAAAGGAUUAUUGCUGAAAUUGAAAACCAUUUAUUACAUUUUAAGAGAGCAUAUCCAUGGAUUUUCUGUUCAGGCAACUUGGUGAUGACUGGGUGGUGAAACCAGAGGUGGUGGCAGAUGUGGAAGCCUUUACCUGCCUCAUGUAUGGUCAGGGGCGGGAGAAGUCCAUAGAUGUGGUCAGAACAAAGAUGCUAAGGAAGAUGGUGGGAGAGGAUGAAAAACUGACCACCAAAUCCAAAAUUGACCUGGCUUGCCUUCCACCGUGUAGGAAUAAUCUUAUUCAUCGUAUUGGUUGGGUCAAUUACAGACUGGCCAACAAUAAGCGUGCCAACCAGCCUCAAUUUGAUAAACCAAAGCCUCAUGAUGAUGGCCAGGGAUGGAUGUUGACGGAGGAGGGUGUGUUGGAGCCACUGUGGUCAUGCGGACCUAUCUUGCCUUCCUCUCUCAUUGAUUGGAUUGAAGAAGUGUUUGAGGAAAAGGAUGGUGAAGAAGAGGACAACCUGGGAAUAGACUAUGACCACCUUGUUGAUGAUGACCAUUAAGCUCAAACCAUAAAGUUUUUGUUUAAUAUAUUAAUUCAUCAAUGAAUCCAUUUCAAAGUCCCUCUCCUCACCCACAAAGCCCUCCAGAACCAGGCCCCCUCCUACCUCACCGACCUGCUCCACCACCACACUCCUCGCAGUCUUCGAUCCUCUGAUGCCAACCAACUACAGAGCCUUCUCCAUAGCUGCCUCCUCCCCCUGGAUCUCUUUACCCAUACACAUCUGAGACUGCACCAAUCUGCCCAUGUUCAAAUCUCUGAUCAAAACCUCUUCAAACCUGCUUUUAAUGUGUAAUUAAUGUUUGUUUUCAUGUGUUUAGUGCCUUGUUCUUUUAAGUUUGAUCUUUUAUCUUGUAAAGUGUCUUUGAGUAGCCUAAAAAGCGCUAUAUAAAUCAAAUGUAUUAUUAUUAUUUUUUAUUAUUUUUAUUAUUAUUAAUUAAUUAAUUAAUUAAUUAAUUAAUUAAUAUUUUUGAUUGAUUCAUUGAUUGAUUUAUUAAAAUUGGUUCAUUUAUGUAUGUAUGAUGUAUGAUUCAAGCAUUAUGGUUAUCCCUCAUUUUGACCUGUCUAUCACAAAUUUGGGAGUAGACAUAGCUCUAACGGUCUCCCAGACUUUAUUUUUUUAGUUACAGCAACAUGUAACCAAUCAAAUGAAAGCUUAGAGUGCUGGGCAGUUUUCUAUAGCUAUUAAAAAGCUGAUGUUUCUCACCAAAUACCGACAAAUUGGUAAGAUUUCCUAUAGGUCAUAGCUUUUUUCAUAUUUUUUCUGCUAAAUUUUGCAAAGAAAAGCCAAUUAUGCAUAGACAUACAUUUUAAAUCAUUAAAAUAACCAUUUUAAUUGAUUUCUCAUGCUUAAUUUAUGCAAAAAAGAUGGUUUAUUUGUCUCUGUACAAUAUAUGGUUCAAAAGUCGUGGAUACAUUUGAUUUUUAAUUAUUUCCAUAUAUUCCGAUUGACGGAAUUCGAAAUUACGAGGACUACCCUUUUUCGCGAUGGGAACAUCAAAAUUCAUUAUCUACAGACCUUCACGAUUCCAAAAAUAUAGGUUUCAUUUAGAAAUCCACCGUGACCAUGGGGACCCCCCCUUCCUACUAGACUAUAACCACCACACCACAUGUUUGUUUACCAUCUAGCUCUGCUUUCCAAAGCGCGGCCGAAAUAUCGCAAGAACAAGCAGCGAUCUCAUACCGUGCCUGAAAUCUCGCGAGCUCUAGAUAAAGCCCAGCUGGAUACCACUCCAGGUGGAGAUGUCUCGUCCUCGGUCACAUCCAGACAUUGAAAAUAAGGCUGCAACCGGUCCCAUUCCUUGCAACAGAGGCAUUCCUCUUCUGUGGGCAUUGGGGCACAGCAUUCACAGGUACACCACCAAUAUCCAGAGCUACGCAGCCUUGCAGCAGCCAUUCCUCCUCUCUCAUCCUCUACCUGUUGCGCCUGUCUCUCUCUCCACCUCCGUUCUUCAAUUUCACGAAGUUCUUCGUGAGUGUAAUCUGGCUCAAAUAAAUAAGGGCGGCCAUCAAACUCUGCAAAAUCAAAUUCCUCCUCCACAAAGUUGAAGUCUGGCAAAAAGUCAGCCAUUAUUCUAUAAAUCUUUCAUAAAAUAAAUGAAUGAACUUUUCAGGCUACUGUCUGGUUCUCCUUCCAGCUGUUGCUGCUUGUUAUCGCGAGAUUUCAGGCACGGUAUGAGAUCGCUGCUUGUUCUCGCAAUAUUUCGGCUGUGCUUUGGAAAGCAGAGCUAGAUGGUAAACAAACAUGGCAGCAUACCGGUAAGGUAAGACAACACGUUUACAUGUCAUUUUCUAUAUGUUCUCUGACAUUUAUCCUAACGAUAUGAGGCGGUCUUUGUGGAAAAAAAGCUUGUUUAGUGGACUAACUAUGCACUUGAAGGUUGCCCGUUCACUUACGUUUUAACAGGUCUGACACUACUAUGUGUCCCGGCUGUAUCUAGGCUAACGGCUAACAUGCUAACUAUUAUUUUUAUGUCACUAGUCACUUGAAAUAAAUUUAGGACGAUAGGAGACAGGUUGAAAUAAACCUCCUCCUUUUCCUGAGAUGCUCUGCACUUCUAAGAACUGCUAGCCUGCUUCUCAACUCCUCUUGCAACACAUUAAUUCCCUCCCUUUCUUCUUCUGUAGCCUUUUUCCACUGCUUUCUUAACUGUCUCCUUUCCUUUACUAACUUCUCUAUUUCUCUUUGCCGCCUAGACUUACCUGACUGUACCCACUCACCCCUCUUUCUCUCAUGCACCCCUAACCUCUCUGCACCAUAUGAGUAAAUUCCCAGCAAGCAAUAGUUGUGAUUUAAACGUAUUGGCUAUAUUUAGCUCUGAUUUAGUCUAGCUACAUGUAACCCAAAUCCAGCCGAUUUAAUUUUGGAAUUGAUUAAAUGUAAUUUUCGCUAUUGCAGAUGGCGUGCGGUAUGAUAUUCAAUCACGUAUGGAGAGUUAACAGUAAUUAACAUAUGUUUAUCUCCAUUUUUUGGACAUGGUCUGUACAUAGCCGUAUAAUUGAUGACGUCUACACUUCUUGUAGACAGCUAUUAGACGUUUUUUAAACCAAAAAAUGCUUGCUGGGCUCCCAUCUUUUCUAACUUUUCUAUCGCAUUUCCUCUAAGCCUGCUUAAGAUUACUGAUAAUUCUCUAUUGACUAUCUCCCAUUCUUUACUGUCAUUUGCCCUAGGCCAUCUAACUCUAACCUUUUGCUCCAUGGUUCUCUCUCUGACUGGCAUACUGACCUCAGUGUCACCUGCAUCCUCUCUUACUACCCCCUCCUUCUCCUCCUCAGUGGCAGUGUUACUCAUAUCCUGUGAACUGUGGUUUUCUACCUGUCGCUGGACUUCAUCCGACUGACUCGACUGACUUCUUAGGAAGUACUGAUCAAUGCAGCUACUCUGCCCUUUCUUUGCCACAUACUUCUUAUUUCCCUGAUGAUUUUUGAGGACUUUUAUUGAUGUUACUUUCUGCCAGCCGCAAGGACAAACCUGAAGCAUCUUGUUCUUGACUGUGCUAAUUUUGUCCUCUACAGAUGCACUCGCCUUGCCCUGAGUGCUGCUAAUUCUAGCCCAGGUGGAUAGGUCCGUGCCCCUAUCCUUCACUGAGUCACAGAUCCAAUGCAUAGUCGUGUCUGUUCCAAUGUCUGUUACCGUGUAAUCCACCUGUCAGUCAUUUUACACCCCAGCUCUCGCUGACUCUUGGGGUAUUUUCCCUAUGUUGGCUGUAGCUAAUUUUGGUUGUAGCUAGGCUGCUGGCCUCACCACUGCUACCAUGGGCUGCUAGCCCAUGCCAGCACCUUUGGGGUCUUUUCCCUCCUGUCAGCUGCCUUUCCAAGCGGUCACACGGUCUUUCCCUUGUUGUCAGCUGUUCUAUUCACAGCAGUCACUAGCUGGGCUAGUUCUAAAUUCAAAUAAACACAAGAAGUUUGUGCUCUAGAGAAAGAAUCAAUAUUAUCACGCAUCCCUAAUACU